GGCUCUGAAACAGAAAGGGAAAAAACCGACAAGCAAGAGGCUCGGCACAGCCUUUCAUUCCGCGGCGGCGGCGGCAGCAGCAGCUCCGGCGAAGGGAAGGGAGAGCUGCCCCGGCGCGGGUUGAUGGAGCCCGGGCUCGGCCGCAUCCCCGCGCCUCAGCCCCGCUGCUGAGCACGAGUUCCCGGCGGGAUCGACCGGAGCAGCCCCCGGCGGAGAGAUGUCUUCUAGAAACAUGACUGGCCAACACAUCCUUCCUCAAGCUUUGUAUCAGAGCAAUAUGCUGAAAGCCAUGAAGAUUAGAGAGAGGACACCUGAAGAUCUAGUCAAACCCCCCAGUGGAAUAAUUCACCACUUCAGGACUAUGCACAGAUACACGAUAGAAAUGUUCAGAAUGUGCCAGUUUUGUCCUCAGUUUCGGGAAACACUUCAGAAGGCUCUCACUGAUCAAGCUACCCAGACUUCACUGGAGCGCCAGAGGAAGCUCAACUGGUGCAUGGAAGUUCGGCGACUUGUCCCUUUGAAGACUAAUGGUGAUGGAAAUUGCCUCAUGCAUGCUGCAUCACAGUACAUGUGGGGUAUUGAAGAUAUCGACCUUGUCUUAAGAAAAACACUGUUUAGCGCACUCAGGGAGAUUGACACGAGGAACUUCAAGCUCCGCUGGCAGCGGGAGGCUAUUAAAUCCCAGGAGUUUGUAGAAACAGGACUCCACUAUGACACCCGGAACUGGGAGGAGGAAUGGGAAUACCUCAUUGAAAUGACCUCCCCAGAAACAUCUGGGGCUCGAAACAGACUUCCAUAUAAUGCACUGGAAGAAAUCCACAUCUUCAUCCUUGCUAACAUCCUCAGAAGGCCAGUCAUUGUCCUUGCAGAUAAAGUGGUGAGAAGUUUAGAGUCAGGCUCUAGUUUUGCUCCUCUGAACGUUGGUGGUAUUUAUUUGCCUCUCCUUUGGCCAGCUGAAGAAUGCUACAGAUACCCAAUUGUGCUUGGCUAUGACAAUAUGCAUUUUACACCACUAGUGACUCUGAAGGACAGCGGACCAGAAAUCCGGGCUAUCCCUCUGGUCACCAGUGAACGAGGAAGAUUUGAGGACUUGACUGUGCACUUUCUGACAGACACAGAGGAGAGGGAGAAAGAGCAGCUGCUAAGAGACUACUUGAUAGUGAUAGAAAUUCCAGUGCAAGGCUGGGAUCAUGGUACAACUCAUCUAAUUAAUGCUGCAAAGUUAGAUGAAGGCAACCUACCCAAGGAAAUAAACCUCGUGGAAGAUUACUUUCAACUGGUACAGCAUGAAUACAAGAAGUGGCAGGAGAACACUGAACCUGCUAGAAGAGAGGUCUGCCCCAGGAACAGACAGGAACUGUCUCUUUCCCAGCUCUCCCUCUUGCAGAUGAAAUGUGAAACACCAAAUUGCCCUUUCUACAUGUCUGUGAACACCCAGCCCUACUGCCACGAGUGUUUUGAGCGAAGGUCCCAGGGAAACAAAGGAAGAAAGCAGCCCUCCAAAGCAGCACCUGAGAAACUGAAGGUAGCUGGGUCAGGCUCCUCACAUGGGGAUGUUUGUGAACCUGGGGGAUGGACAUCUGAAGGGCCUGUAACAGGGCCUCGCUCCGCACCUCCAACUGCUCCAAGCCUUUUCCUGUACAGUGAGACCACGGCCAUGAAAUGCAAGACACCAGAUUGCCCCUUUACAUUGAAUGUGCAACACAAUGGGCUUUGUGAACGCUGCUACAACUCCAGACAGCUUGGUCCUCACAAAAACUUGGAUAACCAAAGACAUUUAGACUAUGCCACAUGCAAGGUGUGCUCUCAGAAGGCCAACAGGACCUUCAAUGGCAUAUGCAGCACUUGCUUCAAAAGAUCUACAGAGCACUCCUCAAGUGGCAGCCCAGCUUUCCUGCCCACAUGCCAUCAGAGAUCGACGUCUGACCCAUCCCAAAUUUCGCAGAGCCUCCUCCAGCCCUCCUGCCUUCAGGCUCCCAACAGCCAUGGCGAGGAGCCCCCACCACCAGCACUGCCUCCUGAGCGGAAGAGGGGAGGUAGCCUCUGCAGGAAACCUGGCUGCAAGUUUUUUGGGACACCACAGAAUGAGGGCUUUUGCACACUGUGUUUCUUUGAGUACAGGGAAAACCAUGACAGCGCUUUGCUACGCCACCAGAGGAGAUCUCAGAAGAAGUCCUCUGCAGCUGGUCAACUGGGGACCUCUGCUGCCACCUUCCAUAACAGCGUGUCCUGUCAGCAGUGUAACUGCGGCACCCUGGGCAGCACAAUGCUGGAAGGGUACUGCCAGAACUGCUUCAUUGAAGCCCAGAACCAGCGAUUUCAGGAAGCUAGGAGGACAGAAGAACAGAUCCUAAAACAGCCAGAAAGAACUGAACAGCACAGAGAUUUCCAGCGAGCAGCUUGUAGUAGCCAGAAGAGACAAUGUGCUGUGGCUUCGUGUAGAAACAAUCUGGCCGGCAGAAGUGAUGAUUUGUGCCAGGAGUACGGGCGUCUUGGUCAGCUUCCACCAUCGCGGAAUGCCAGGGACCCAGCUGCUGAGGAGCCUCUGAAGCAACACUGCCGAGCCCCUGCUUGUGAUCACUAUGGCAAUGCCAAGUGCAAUGGCUACUGCAAUGAAUGCUACCAGUUCAAACAGAUCUAUGGCUAGUGGAGACGAGGAGUUGGUAAAGAACAAGAAAGCAAUACUAACUACUUCCUUCACUGAAACGGUGCUAUGUCCAAAACACUUAACAGUCCUGGAAGUGGGAGGGCAGGGGGAAAUAUAAGCUGUCUGCUCAUGUUCAUGUUUUUUCCCAAGAAUGGGAAUAAAUGUCUACUUCCUCUAAACACUGCAUACAAGGACUGCUAAGAAGGGCAGGUUGCCUUCUGCACAGAGCUGUCGUUCAUGACUAAACUUGUACAAUGCCGUAUUUAAUUCUUGGACUUCCUAGAGGGAAGUGUGAAGCAUUUGAAUCCAAAGAACUUCCCAGUUCUGCUUCUUUCUUAAUACCUCCCCUGUUCCCCGACGAGGAGCUGUGGCUACUGUUGGAGGUGCAGGAGCUGUUUGUGUUUGCAUACAUCAGUCAGAGGCAAGUCUUUCCUGAGAGAGAUCCCCCAGGACAGGCUGAUGCAACUUGCAGUUUCUGAAGAAACUUGGUUUGUGAUAUCCGCAUCCUUGCUUGUGUUCUUACAGUGCUUAUCAAUGUGGGAGCUCCUGCAGGCAUUCUGGAUGUUAAAGGGCAAGCAGUUAUGUGUUCUGCAGAGCUCUCUGCAAGACCAUCCAUGGUCUGCUCUUUUAACAUUCUUAACCUAACUAGUAUUUAGAUCCUCUCCCAACUUCCAAGGCUGAUGGAAAGACAGGUGGUCACAGAAGCAACUUUCAUGAGCAUAUGCAUGUGAUGGGAAGAUUGAAUCCUGUUGUUCCCCACUCAUAUGGAAGGAAUUGCCUCCAACAGAUUAAAAAAAAACAAAAAAAAACCAACCAACCCAAAGCCCUCUGUCUUCAGUUUCUGUUCUGAAACCAGAGCAAUUCUCUUCUCUUGCAUUGUAACUGUGAGGAAUACAUGUGCUGUUGUUCGUACCCUCCCUCCCCUUUUCUGUCACACUUCUGUACUCUUCCCUCCCCGAUUUUCUGUUACCCUUAAUGUGACUCUGUUAUUGUGCAAACAGCUUGAUAACAGAGUGCAUUAUGGUUGAGAUUUUACUCCUAGAGUUCAUGCACCCACUCUUCAACUUUCUUUAUUGACUUUGCCUUUACUGUUGUGCCUGGUACCUGCUUCUCUCUCUUUCCUUUUAUAUGUUUUAAGUUUUCAGCAUCUGUUUUGCUGCUACAGUUCUGUAGGUGAUACCUCUUCUAAGUUACUUCUCAAGUUUAGAUCUUUUUCUAGUUAUUAAAACAUGUUUUAAAAAGAAAAAAAACCAAACUCAGUACUUAUUGCUCUAAAAUUUUAUAUAUUUUGUGAACCUUAAUGUGAACAUAUGUUUUAUUAAAAUAUUUAUAUUAUUUGAAACAAUGCAACUCGAAAUUUGCACAGCUAGGAUUUUUUAAUGUAUAUUUACUCUUGUGUUGGAAGUUACAAACUUAAAUGUAUAAUUGAAAAACAUUCUCUGAUACAAAGAAAUAAAUUAUUGAAGGAUUGAAUUUGCUAUUUUAUAUUGAUGAGAGAGGGCAUGAGUCCCAUGAGUUGAGCAUGGGACGCCCCCUGAAGAAUGCAUUUCUAUUCAGGACCACCAUUCAGCAAGUUACCAAGUACUCCCUGGUUCAGAUGAUGUAGCCAAGUGCUUUGAGGAGGAGAUAACUUGCUGUAAGUUUCUGCAUACUCGCACUUUACAUCAUUGUCCUCUUCGGUAUCACAGGAGACUCAUGUAGUCAGUGUGCAUAAGGACUUAGCCCCUGUGGAUACAGACUUUCUUCAGUCCUUGGAGCUAUGGGUAUGGGAGAGUAAGGAUGGUGCAGGACCAGGCUGCAAGGAAAGAUAAGCUAGACUGACUUGACUGCUUUCUUCAUUCAUUCAUUCAUUCAUUCAUUCAUUCAUUCAUUCAUUCAUUCAUCAGUUGUGCCAGGGAUUCCCAACCAGUGUUGCUUGAGUGCCACCUUGGGAGGUGGUGAUGGCAGCAUGUGAUUCCUCACCUCUGCCCAGCCAUGAAUACAGUGCUGAAGACACAGGCCAGCCCAACCACCUCCCCUCACCGUGGGCAGCUGGGAAGCCCCUCACCUUUUGGUCUUGGCAUCUGGGUUGCUUGAUAGCUCCUGAAAAGCAAGGUUCCAAUUGUUACUUCAAAAAGUACUUGAAAGCGGUGUUCUUUUCUUAUCCCAAGCUCAGCCUAAUGCAGCCUCACUGCAGUGGAUUUCUGCACCGUGGGGCACCGUGUGACAUGAGUAUGCCUGUGAGGGCAUUUGAGUGUUUCAGGUCUCUGCCUGUGCACUAUUGUGGCUUCUUGGUGUUGCUCUUUCCUAAGAGUCUGACCUCUCCACAUCAACUGCUUUCUAUCCUGGUUAACUCUUAAAUCCCUUUCAGCUGUUCAGGAGCACACCUCAACACGUUCUUCAGUGCUGUCCCAAUUGGAACCAUGUAGAUUCUAAGUUCUUGAGUACUUUUUCCACAGGUUAGCUAAUCCUUGCAAAUCACUCAGCUCUCUAGCCCAUGCUCCUGGAUGCCUGCCCUUCUUCUUCAUGCCCACUGCUCUUCUUACAGUUUAGCCCAGCUCCCUCUGGACUCAACAUACCCCUCUUUUCAGAGCAUACAACCUAGAACCCAGCCUACUCCCCCAGAGCAGGGCGUGCUGGACCUACCAAACCCAUCUCUCCAGCAUACUCCACUUUUUCAAAAUCUGACUCUCUUUCUCCUUUCUUUACAACUCAUGCAACUCACAUGCCAAUUCAUUGAACUUCUGCACCGGGCAGUCAUCUUGGUGCUGAAAGAGUGGGCAAAGACUGGAAGGGAUGUCUCCCCCAGACCACAGAAGCACCUUACAGCAUCCAGUGUCAGCAGCCAUCAACACCAGUGUGCUAAAAAGGCAGAGCCUCGAUCAUUUUGGGAGGUUGAAUAACUCCAGUUCCUGUUAAUUGCAGCUUCUACAUAGAGGAAGGAUUUCAGACUAAAUGCCCCAGAUCCUGCUGAUUUUUCUCUGCUGCUUUCUGGGCUCAGUACUUGUAACCCUAAA